UAUAAAAAUACAAAUAGAGAAAUGGAGAGACUGCGCGCCAGCCAGGAGCAAUUUUCUGCUCUUAUAGAAUUCAUGGAAAGGUAUGGUGACCUCUCUCGACCACAGCGGGGACCUCAGGGUCGACUAAAAGCCGACCAAAUGUGGGCAAGGCUCACAUUAUUACUUAAUUCAGUUGGUGGUGGGGUUCACAAAUCACAAGAGAAGUGGAAGAAAGCGCCACCAGUACCAAGGAAAGAACCCAUUCCUGAAGAUGUGGAAAUUGAAAUUCCUGUAGGCUUAGAGAAUUUUAAUUAUAAUACAAGUGUUCCAACAUUGCCAGCAUCACCGCUACUGCUAGACCCACAGCCCUCACCACCACCACCACCAGUACGUCCGCCGCCCCCUCUACCGCGUUCUCCUCCGCGUCCCACUGGUCGACGGUCAUCGGCGUCACCGCGAUCUGCGACUGCCUCGCCGCGACAUGGGAUGCAGAGAGCUCGCAGGAAUCGCGGCUUAACGCCAUUUGACCGGGCCGCUACAGAAUUUGUGGCGGUUGAACAACGACGCCUUGCACUGGAGGAGACGCGAGAGAAGCUUUCCCAUGAGCGAGAAAGAGAAAGGGAAAAGCUUCUCCAUGAACGUGAGAGGGAGCGUGAGGAACUUUUCCACCAAAGAGAAAUGGAGCGACUGCGGCUGGAGUCGCUAAAGGUUGAGGCAAAUCGCGAGCAAACUAGGGUGAUGCAGCAAAUAGCUGUUAUCGGGCAAAGGUUGCUCGAGAUAUUGCCUCAAGGGCCCGCAUCUUAAUUUUUUUUUUCAUAGGGUUUUAAGUGUAUUAUUUAGUGCCUUUCUUUUUAUUUUUUUUAAGUGCUUGUUUUAGAUUUUAAUAUUUUAAUUUAAUA